CAUCAUGGACAUUGGGCUACUAUUAAAGUUACUCAGCUACUAUCUCAUUUCAGCAGUGCGCGUGCUCAACACUGGGCUUUGUUUUUUAAAUUGAGUGUGGCCGGUAGCUAGCGGUACUGCUACUCGCAUGGGUUCUAUUUACUGUAGCCGGUUAUGUCGGUGAGGUGUAUUUCCAUGAGGCAGUGGAGAAGUUGAUACUUUAUUUCGGACUGAGUGAGAGAGAGGGACCAAGCAGACGCAAUGGCGGGGGUAUUCGACAUUGAUUUGGAUCAGGCGGACGAAAAUGUGUCUGAUGAUGAACUCGGGGAUGGGCAGUCUCACAAGACUGUGUGUGUGAUGCAGUCAAAAAAGUCCCGUCUGAAUAAUCACUGGAACAGACCCAAAUGAGCGAAUGCACGGAGCAAUGCAGCGGUUACGAAUUUAACAUGGACGACUGUGAAAAGUUUGAAAUCUCUGAAGACAGCGUCAACAAAGGAACGGAGCAGAUUCGUCCGGAAUGCUUUGAGUUACUCCGGGUUUUAGGAAAAGGAGGCUAUGGAAAGGUUUUUCAAGUUCGUAAGGUGUCGGGUGCCACUUCGGGAAAGAUUUUCGCCAUGAAGGUCUUGAAGAAGGCGAUGAUAGUGCGUAAUGCUAAGGACACGGCACACACCAAGGCAGAGAGGAACAUCCUGGAGGAGGUGAAGCACCCAUUCAUAGUGGACCUCAUCUAUGCCUUCCAGACAGGGGGCAAGCUGUACCUCAUCCUGGAGUACCUUUCUGGUGGGGAGCUGUUUAUGCAAUUGGAGAGAGAGGGGAUCCUUGUGGAAGACAAAGCAUGCUUCUAUCUGGCAGAGAUUUCAAUGGCUCUGGGACACCUGCAUCAGAAAGGCAUCAUCUACAGAGACCUGAAGCCAGAAAACAUCAUGCUAAGCAACAACGGUCACAUCAAGCUCACAGACUUUGGACUGUGUAAAGAAUCAAUCCACGACGGCACGGUUACUCACACUUUCUGUGGCACCAUAGAAUACAUGGCCCCAGAGAUCCUGAUGAGGAGUGGACACAACCGGGCUGUAGACUGGUGGAGCCUGGGAGCUCUCAUGUAUGACAUGCUGACAGGAGCACCACCAUUCACUGGUGAAAACAGGAAGAAGACCAUUGACAAAAUCUUAAAGUGUAAAUUGAACUUGCCACCUUACCUCACACAAGAAGCCAGGGACCUUCUCAAAAAGCUGCUAAAACGCAACGCCUCGUUACGGCUGGGGGCGGGCCCAGGAGACGCCUCAGAAAUUCAGUCCCACCCAUUCUUCAGGCAUAUUAAAUGGGACGAACUUCUCGCUCGCAAAGUGGAGCCUCCAUUCAAGCCUGUUCUGCAAUCAGCUGAUGACGUGAGCCAGUUUGACUCCAAGUUCACCAGCCAGACUCCUGUUGACAGCCCUGAUGACUCCACGCUCAGUGAAAGUGCCAAUCAAGUCUUCCUGGGCUUUACGUAUGUAGCCCCUUCUGUGCUUGAAAACGUCAAGGAGAAAUUUCCCUUUGAGCAAAAAGUCCGCUCACCAAGAAGGUUUCUGGGAAGCCCAAGAACACCAGUGAGCCCAGUGAAGUUUGCUGGGGGGGACUGCUGGCCCCGGGCCCCCACCCAAGCUAGAGUCUCAUCCCUGCUGUCCCCUGGGGGCUCUGGGUCUGGAGACCAGCCCAUGGAGGUUGGUGUGGAGCAGAUGGAUGUGAGCUCUAAAGCUACUGAGGUGUCUGCCCCCCUGCCCAUCAAAAAGCCCUCUGGCAACACCACCACAGGCGGCCCCUUCAAGAAUCAGGCCUACCCCCUGAUGUCCAAACGUCCCGAGCACCUCCGGAUGAAUCUAUGACGCUCAGCUCCAUCUAGAACUCCUCUUUUCUAAUUCCUCCUCCCCCCUUUUUUUCUUUUAAAAGCCUUAAAGAAAUGACUGACGGAGCGCCGACCAUCGGCACCAAUCACCAGCUCCUCCAGAUGCACCUUCCAUCUCUGCCUCCCUCUCCUAUCUUUCCCUUUUUGAGCAGCUUGGGAGCCACAUGGGGCUCUAUACCCUAGCAGAUAUAAACAAACUAUAGCAGUCUCCUGUUAGGGAGACGAGGGAGAGAACUCCCUCCCGCCAAUUAGAACUUUAGUCAGACAACGAAAGGUCUUGACUACUUCCUAAUGCCCAGUAGGGUGUAGCUGCAGGAAGAGACGAGAGCAGUGCUGCUGCCUGAUUCUUGUGUGCUCCACUGGGAUAGCUUCUCAUAUGAUAUACUGGUGCUUUGUACUUUGGGUGAGUGGGGACAGACAGUGUUACUCAUGCAGCAAUGAUUUUCCUCACCAGGAGUGAGACGUUAUUGAUUUCUGAAGCCGUGUAAUAGACUUUAAGGCUGAAAGGGUGGAGAGGAUUUCCCCCUUAAAUGCCUCUGCUUCCUUUUUACAGGAUACGGUAUAGAUGGAGAAAAUUACAAUGAACACAGAACACAAUAUUCUCUACAGUUCUCAUGCUAUAGUAUAUUAGGCUACAUUGUUCCAUUAAAAAAAAGAUGGAAUCCACAAAGCCUUUUUUUCUGCUUUGUCACAUCCUGUCAGGAUAAAUCCUGUGUUCAGUAGGUAGAACCAGUAUUGAAACUGAAUUAAACAGGAAGGUGCAAUCUGAACUCGUCCAAUGAGAACAGAUUUCCAUGAGCCUUACUGAACAUGACCCUAGUGUGGUGUCAUUGAUGGAAGAGGUGCAGCUAGAAGCAGACAGAAAAACACGGUGUAUGCUAUUUCAGCUGAAUGCAACACCUCCACCAUCUGUCUUCUGACUGGAUCUCUCGGUAGAGACAACCUUUGUCUGUCUCUGCAUGUAGUACAUCGGAUGUAAACUGACUCAAAAUGCCUUUUCGAGUGUCACUUACUCAGAUGACCCACAUGAGUUCACGGUUAAGAUGCAUGCAGGUUUAUUAUAAUAUUAUGGACCUAUUCUUUUUGGGAAUCCAGGAAAUGUGUUAUUGUCAGAUAUAAACCGAGGGCUCGUCUUUUGAAUUGAAAGAAGGAAAGCACCAAGGCCAAAUUCUCAUCACUGCCUUUUGUGUUUAGCUUAUCGCCAGGUUACGUUUGUCCAAUGCACCUGCCUAGGUGCUUCACGGAUUCUUCCCUCAGUCUUUUGAACCCUUGGUGAUAUCAGUAGGGCUGUACUGCUAUGCUGGUUCCAUUUGAACUAGUGAUUGUUUGAAAUGUGUGGUGACUUGAAGGUCUUGUAUGUAUGUGGUCUUUAACUGCACCUCUGGAGAAAAGCCAUUUGAUCCUCUUCCCCAAACAUGAAACUUAGUCAAAUGAAUAAUAAUCCCAACUGUAAGGUUCCAUCUAGCUGAAGGCAGUGUUCACACGACCAGGAGAAUGGUCAUACUUAACCAAAUGUAUCUGUUAUUUGAAAAAUUAAAAUGUUAACAUUUUACUUUUUUUAAAUGUACUUUUAAAAACUCACUCAAUAAGCAAACAGUUGUACUAUUCUGUUCAAUUUUGAACCAGGCAGUUUAUUUGGGUUGUUCUCUAGAAGUGCUCCUGAGUGGCGCAGCCAUCUCAGUGCUUGAGUGCUGCAUCUCAGUGCUUGAGGCGUCACUACAGACACCCUGGUUCGAAUCCAGGCUGUAUCACAACCGGCCAUGAUUUGGAGUCCCACAGGGCGGCCCACAAUUGGCUCAGCAUCAUCCGGGUUUGGCUGGUGUAGGCCGUCAUUGUAAAUAACAAUUUGUUCUUACCUGACUUGCCUAGUUAAAGGUUAACAUUUUUUUUUUUUAAAUGUUGGGACCUACUCCAUGACUGAGUGGCGUGUCCCCCUCUACAAACCUACAUCCUGUUCAAAACAAUUGGAUGGGUCAAAAAAAAAAUCUGGGUGAAUGUGUAUCCUGACAGAGGAUUUCCUAUUCCAAGACUGCUGAGGUUUAUUAAAAUAGACAUUAUUAUCAUCAUCUCCCCCCUCAUGUGUGCUUGUCAAUGAAGGAAUGGGCCAAGUGCUUUAUUUACAUUUACAUUUAAGUCAUUUAGCAGACGCUCUUAUCCAGAGCGACUUACAAAUUGGUGCAUACACCUUAUGACAUCCAGUGGAACAGCCACUUUACAAUAGUGCAUCUAAAUAUUUUUAGGGGGGGGGGGUGAGAAGGAUUACUUCAGGUUCCAUUGGAGAGGAUGUCUGGUCUGCUUCAGAGCAACUUCCAUAUUGACCAUGGCUUAGCUUUGAAUACAUUUUUAACGAUCAACAACUUCUAUGGUGAAAAUUUUCCCCCCCUUACUGCAUCAGUUCCACUAUGCAAAACAUGUAUUUAUUGCAUAGUCAAUUGUGUUUUUGGCACGCAUGGAUUCCUUUUAUUUAUUUGUAGAUAUGUGCAUAUGGUUAUCAUAUGAAUAUCUCUCUUGAGAAACCUCAAAUGCAGCAGUUAAUUCUUUAUUCCAAACUACAAUGUCCUAAAUGUUUUAGUAUAUUUAUUGUACUACAAUAGAAUUAUAUUGUGCUAUGGACAUGUUCAGAAAGUAACUUUUUGAUAACUUUUACCUGGUUCUUUUAAUUCUGAACUUUGAACUUUAAGAUGCCUGUCGAGUGUUGGAAAUAUGGGCUCUGUGUGUGUGUGUGUGUGAGAGAUUUUAAAAUAAUUGAAACUCUGUAUAUAUUUGCAGAUGUGUAUGGAAUUCUAGUGAGACAGGAAGAUAAUUGGACCAUGUGUUUCUUUCUAGUAGUGUAGUCUCUGAAUGAUGCUCCUCUAACCUGUUAAAUACUAAAAUGAUCAUAAUGAUCUGAGUGGGAUUCAUCUCAAGUGGUUUGUAGCUUGAGGGCCUUUGAAAAGUAUACAAAUGGGAACAUACUUUGACUAAUCAACUCAUUAGAAGACUGCUGCAAACAUUUAAUCUGAGUCAAUAUUUCAUCCCUGUAUUUAUUCCAUGACCUGGGAUGUUGAUUUGUAAUAUCAUGUAAGUGGAUGGAUGAGAACAAAAUAAAAGGUGUUGCUGAUUUGAA